GCUAGCAACGGCUNCAUGUCAAAACGGAAAAUUAAAGUACUGUCAUUAAGUGAUAAACUUAAAAUAGUGAAUGCAUUUGAAUCCGGAAAAUCGCGAAAUGAAAUUCAGAGGGAGUUUAAUUUACCAGAAUCCACCUAUUAUAAAAUUAUAAAAUCAAAAGACUCUAUAAAGUGUGAGUGCUCUGAUGGACAUGGAAAUAUUAAGAGGGCUAAAGUUUCUGAAUUUCCCAAUAUCGAAAAGUGCCUUUUGGAAUGGAUAAAACAAACUCUCGAUAAGAAUACUCCGAUAAAUGGACCUCUGUUGAAAAAAAAAUCAAAAGAGUUUGCUACAAAACUGGGAAUCCAGAACUUUUCUGCUAGCAACGGCUGGUUAGAGGGUUUUAAAAGGCGUCAUGAUGUAGCUUUCAAAAAAGCAGCUGGGAAAAGUAAAUCUGUGGACCAAGGUGUGUGCAACCACUGGACUGAAGAUCUCCCAAAUCUUUUAGAAGGGUAUGAACCAGACGAUAUUUAUAACGCGUAUGAAACUGCAUUGUUAAUACGCUUUUAUUAGCUUUAGACGUAUGUAUGUUAGUAUGAAACGGAAUCUUUGAGCAUGAUUUUGACCCCCUUCAAAACGUCGGAUUA